AUGCUGGAUGUGUUGAUUUCUUAUGAUUUCCAUAGCUGGGGUAAAACAAUUUUCCCUAAUUUUGAGAGACAAAUUUUAUUAAUAUUUUUUAUUGGAUUGCAUGGGUCUCUUUUUCAGCUCCUAGUAACACUACGUUACCUUGCAAAAGGAUAUUUUUUUAGCGAGGUUGGAGAUCUCCAUGGAGUCAGCAGGAGCUCAGUGUGCCGGUGUAUUCAACAGGUUAUAAGUGCCAUUAACCGAAACCUGAACAACAUCACGUUCCCAACAUCUUUGCAUGACCUUGCUGCAACAAAACAGAAGUUCCAUCGUGUAGCAGGAAUCCCGAAUGUUGUAGGCGCUGUGGAUGGAACACUGAUCCCAAUUCAAGCUCCAUCUGAAAAUUCUCAGACGUAUGUGUGCCGAAAAGGAUACCAUGCUGUAAACAUUCAAGCUGUUGUGGAUAGCAGCCUAAGGUUUACCAAUGUCAAUGCAAAGUGGCCUGGUUCAACACACGAUGCCACAGUAUUUGACAACUCUUCACUGAAGGACCACCUUGCUACCAACAAGCCAGGAUGGCUAUUGGGAGAUUCUGGUUAUCCAUUGAGAGAAUACCUGAUAACACCCAAGAACAACCCACAAACAGCACAAGAAUUGCGAUUCAACGGGGCUCACAGCAGAACUCGAAUUUGUGUUGAAAGAGCAUUUGGACUUUUGAAGGCUAGAUUUAGAAGUGGUGGUGUCCUUCCAUUCCGUCCUGGCAAGUGUAUGGAGGUGGUUGUGGUGUGUGCCAAACUCCACAAUUUGUGCCUUGACCUCAAGAUACCUUUUGACAAUGAAAAAGAAGAAGUGGACAUUGAUGAAGAUCCACAGACUCUGUAUCCUGAGGGCAACAAUCAGCAAUGCAGGCAGAGAAUAAUUGCAAUGUUUUAA